AUGGUAGCGGUAUUGGAUUGUUGCAAGACAACUCCAGAAGAUCUGAAAUCAAGGUUGUCUUUGCCAGAACAUAGCCACAAGCUCCACAGUCACUUGCUUGGACUGAAUGUAGUGGACGACACUCUCAAUCAUAGUGAACAGGGGAAAGGCAUAUGCCACUUGAAACGGCCAGACUUGUGGAAAGGGGUCCACUCUUCAGCAGUACCUGAUUCUUUGAGGACCUGUAUCCAGAAUAUAAGAAUCCUGCAGGAGGGAACAAUCCAGCGGUUUGUCCAGUCCUUAUUCGAUAACAGCCGGCCUUUGCUGAACGUUGUCUGUGGAAUGCCAAGUGUGCAAAGUUCCAUUACUGGCCUGGCUAUACACCUCGCGGCUGUUCUGAUGACUGCUAAAUGCCAUCUUCUUGCACCUCUGCGCAAUUUGGCGUUUGUCCCUGGCAGGAUGCAGAAUUCCUACCUACCUACAAUGCCAGAGGACAUGUUUGAAAAUGCUAAGAAUGCAAUGAAGGAAGCUGUACGCUGGUACGUUUGCCCCAGUGGUCAUUAUUGUGCAGUUGGCGAGUGUGGUCUUCCGAUGGAAAUGAGCCGAUGUAUGGAUUGUGACGUAGUUAUUGGAGGACUUAACCACAUGCCACAUGAAGGAUUUCAACACAUGAGAAUUGCAUUUGACCGAACGCAGACUGGCCAUGUUCUAGGGGAUCCGGAAUACCAAGGGUUUGUUGUUGCUCCAGAUCGAGAAAUGACAAUACCAGUAUUUAUCAUAUUAAGACUGCUGACUCACCUGGCAAUGCUCCUGGGAGCAGAGGAGGACGGGCAGAGUCUGGCAGGUAUUGUGAAGCCACCAGUGCAAAAUCUUGGAGAUUUCCUCUUUCACCAUAUUGUGAAAGGUCUGGAUCAGCUGCGGAAUUCACUUGGAAAAAGUGCUGAUGAGACAACCACUGUGGUCCACCUCAUCAUCUGCUUCCUGCUUCGAAGCUCACGUCAACAAGUGCCUUUUCAGUUUGAUGAAAUAUGGACAUUGAAAGAAGCCAGAAACAAAUGGGAAAAGGCUGUGGAAAGAAUGGUGAUUGCCCCUGUGCUUCAGACUCUGAAUACUGAGAUUCCAGAAGUUAAUAAGUAUAUCCGCAAUGAUGACAGAAUAAGUUCCAAUUUAAUCAUGAACAUUGUGUAUGAGGAUCCAUUGGCUGAUGGUAGCUGUAUGACAUUACCUCAAGAAACUCACGUGCACUGCUCCAAAAUCUGGGGAUGCAGGGAAAGGAUCACCGUUGAAUAUUUGCGGAAUGUGGUUCAGCAAAAUAAUGGGAAGGAAUCUGUACCGCUAUUGUCAAAAUUCCUGGAUAAAGAAUAUGAACUUCGGAUGGUAAAACUGUUACCCGAAAUACUGAAUCUUCAGAAACAGCUGAUAAAGAUGUCCCGGAAUAUCCAAGAAACAAACCAACAAACAAUACAAGACUUUUUAAAUAACAUUAACUCAGAAGGAACAAAACACAUUUUAUUGAAGGGCAUUGAACAAUUCAUCUUAGCAUGGAAUCAUCUAAAGCAAUCUCUGCAGUUCAAUGGUGAAAUAAAGCUUUCUCAAGAUACGUGUGUAGAUCUCACCAUGAGCAGUGAUGUUUCCUUCCUUCUUCCUCGUCGACACGAAAAGGGGCUUUGUGCGACUGCCCUGGUCAACUACCUCAUUACCCUACACAACAGUUUAGUAAAUGCCAUCAAGAACUUCACCAAAGAGGAGCAGAGAUACUCUGUUAAUGCUUCUGACGUGAUGGAUCUGCAUGUGAUUAGUUACGACAUGGAGAGAGAUCUAAUGCCCAUAAUCCUGUCCAACUGUCAGUACAGCAUGCAGAGCGGUCAGGGGACCACACAAGAAUUCGACCUCUGCAAAAUCCAGCGUCAAAUUGCUGGCCGCUUCCUGCAAGGAAAACCUCUCAUAACUACAGUUGGAUUACCGACUUUCACUCUGGCCCAUGAUCGAAACUAUGAGAACAUAUUUAUGGAUUUAAAGAAAAGCCUGAAGCAGAUUCCUCAGGAGUCCCUUCCAAAUGCAACAAUAGACGUUAUAAGCAGAAGUCUCAAUGUAUACAGCGAUGUGUGCGAGGCUCUGCACAUUGUCGAUGUCACUUUGGGAUUUCUGUCCACAUCGUCAGAAACUGCUGAUUGCCUGCUGUCCAUGUAUGUAGAAAACGUUCUCCAUAUGGCAGAAGAUACAGAUGUACAUAUACUGGAGGCACUCACUCGGUGUCACCUGAAACAUGUUAGAGCGGUUUGGCAGCUCCUCACAGCCCUGAAGUCUGAGCAUCUUCUGCGUCUUAAAAUGGACCCAUUUACUGAUGUAGACCAGGCGUAUAAACAGCCACUGAGCCAGCAUGAUGAACAGAAACUGAAUGCCUUUUUAGUAAGAUAUGGGCCGAACCUUUUUGUGUUAGAACUGCACGAAAUGAUCAUCUUAAAACUCAGAAAGCAACGGAGUACUGAAGACUUUCCACCUUCAUGGCCAUUAAAAGAUACAUUACUUCCAUUACUUGAUGAAAAAGAGAUCUCUUUUCCACAACUGGAAAAUUCUUUCCCUGAUGAAAUUACUUUAGCUCAUUCUACAGAGGCCUGGAAGAUCGCAGCCAACAAAGCAUGGCUUCGUCUACGAAAGUGAAGAAAGUGUAUAAUUAAAUCCAGAAUAUGUACCCAAGCCGCU